AUCCACACCCCCUCGCAUGUCCCUUCCUGUCCCCUGUCCGAGUCAGACAGACAGACAGACAGACAGAUAGACGAUCGAGACAUACCUACACCUUAUUCCCCAUUUUCCCCCCAAGCACCGCUACACUACCUACCUACCUACUGCCAGCCAGCCAGCCAGCCAGCCAGCCAGCAGGACCAGCAGCAGGACCAAGGACCAGUGCCAGCGCCAGCGCCGGCAAGCAUCAGCACUGGCUGCAUCAGCAGAAGCAAAGCCCAGCCUAGCCCAGCCCGCCUCGUCUUCCUUCAAUCCACCACUCCCGUCUUUCCUUCUUCUACUUCACUUAUCCCCGUUCCCCCGACCUGUCUCCCCUCUUCCUCUCCCUCUCUCCUUCUUCUCCUUCUUCUUCCCUUAUGAAUUCUUUGAAUUCCCGCUUCAAGGGCUUCGGAUUAGGUAAACGGAAGUCCACCGCUAGCAUCCCCCCUUCAGACAAUCCGCCCGCCAGCUCUACCCCUCCACCGCAAAUCACGCAGGCCUAUCCGCCCGGACCUGCUCCAUCGCAGAUUCCACCGCCCACGAGUCAGCCUGGCCCCGCGCCUACGGCCUCCAUUGCCUCCUCCUCCCAGGCGAGCCUCCCGAUAAUGAACCACCCCGGCGCUGGACCCCGUCCGCCCAGCUAUACGCCUAAUUUUCAACCAGGAGGGCCUCAGCAACCCGUCGGCCGCACGAGCCCCUUGACCCAGAACCCGACACGUACCCCGCCCACGCAAAUGGUUGGCGGCCCACCUCCCAUCAACACCGGCGCUCCCGUCUCCGGCUACCCUCCCACGAUGCAUAUGCCACCUAAUGCGCAACCCGCUCCCGGCGGCCCAGGCGGUGGUCCGCCAGGUUACCCUCCCGCAGGCUAUCCGCAAGCUGCUCCUGCCCCCCAGCAGCAACCCACUAACGCUAUGGGAUCGUAUGGGCGACCAGCCGCCGAGGUAGAGGGCAAUAGCCGAAGUAAAGCCCAGCUGAUUGUCGGCAUUGAUUUUGGCACAACAUUCUCUGGUGUCGCAUUCGCCUUUGCGACGAAUAAUGAAGCCAAGGAAGACAUAAUCACAGAAUGGCCUGGAGCAGGAUCUUAUACAAAACAGAAGAUUCCCACAGUGCUAUACUAUGAUCAGUACCAGAAGGUUGUUGGAUGGGGUCCGGAUAUUGCCGACGCUCUGGCGCCAACGGGCUAUCCCAAACCCGGUGUUCAAAAGGUUGAGUGGUUCAAGCUACAGCUAAUGUUGUCUGGAAAUACGUAUAUUGAUCCUAUCAACUUGCCUCCGCUACCGCCAGGAAAAUCUGAAAUUGAUGUUGCUGCCGACUACCUGUUCAAGUUGCGACAGGCUAUGAGGUCAGCUCUCCAGAAGACGCUCGGUGAGGUUUUCAACAGAGAGGAGCGCAACAUUCGGUACUAUUUGACCGUCCCCGCCAUUUGGAACGAUGCUGGUAAGGCUGCAACGAGAGCCGCUGCCAUCCAAGCCGGCUUCUUGCGCGAUGAGAACGAUAACCGAUUGACACUUGUCAGCGAGCCUGAAGCUGCAUCGCUUUUCUGCGCUAAGACGGGUUUGCUUAAUCUCAAGGUUCACGACGCCAUUCUUAUUGUCGACUGUGGUGGUGGUACUGUGGAUUUGAUCGCUUAUGAAGUCGAGGAUGAGAACCCCUUUACUGUUGCAGAAUGUACAGCAGGUUCCGGUGACUCGUGCGGCUCAACUGCACUCAACAGGAAUUUCAGUAACAUCUUGCGAACUAAGAUUCGGAAGAUGAAGCUUCCAGACGGAUCUAAGACAGCUGGACGUGUUUAUGCCAAGUGUAUCAUGGACUUCGAGAACCGAAUCAAGGCAGACUUCAGAAACAACGGACAGAAGUGGGCGGUCGAUGUGGGUAUCGAGGCUGAAUUUCCAGAGGCAGGUAUUGAAGAAGGCUACAUGACAUUCACCAAUGAAGAGAUUCUUCAAUGCUUCGAGCCGGUGGUCAACCGGAUUCUGGAGCUUGUUAGGAACCAGAUCAUUGCCAUUCAGGCGCAGAACCGAACAUUACAGAACAUCCUCGUCGUAGGUGGUUUUGGUGCUUCUGAGUACCUUUUCCAGCAGAUCAAGCUUCAUGUCCCUCCCCAAUUCCAGUCCAAGGUGGUGCGGCCAAUGGACUCGGUUGCUGCUAUCGUUAAGGGUGCCGUUACAGCCGGCAUCACGGAGAGAGUCAUCACACACCGUGUUGCUCGUCGACACUACCUCAUGGCCACGCUUCAGCCUUUCAAAGAGGGUUACCACCCCGAGGCGUACCGUGUGCCAUCGCUCGAUGGAAAGGAUCGAUGCAAGUUCACCCGACAAAUAUUUGUGCAAAAGGGCCAAAAGGUCAAAAUCGGUGAGCCCGUUAAAGUAUCUUUCUUCCGACAGGUAGCUCCCGGUGCUACACUUAUGUACGAAGAUAUCCUCUAUGCGUGUGACGAUGAUGUGUGCCCCGAGUACACUAAAGAUCCUCGUAUAAAGGAAGUUGUCACUUUAACAUCGGACUUAUCACGAAAGAAUCUCGAGAAAGACUUCGAGCGCAUGGAUACCCCACAAGGCACAUUUUAUCGAGUAUACUUUGACAUUUAUCUAACGCUAGAUGGAUCUGAGUUCAGCGCCGAGCUCGUUUGCCAAGGAGAAGUGAUGGGUCGUUGCCGAUCUCGGUUCAGGUGAACACAAUGGAGUCGGAAGAAUUGCAUAGCGGAAUGGAUGAUUCUGAUUUUUUCCCCUAACAUAAAUUUCUGUUACGUUACCCACUGAUACCUCCACGCGAAACACAAUGAUGCAUGUAUGGACCACAAGCGGGCUCA